UUUUCAAUAAACAUUGAUUUUCUGAUUAUGGAGCCUUGGACAUCCGUCCGUCUGUAAAAACAGACUGCGUUUGCUUUUGUAUUACAAUUCCUUUCGCUAUUUUAAAGCACGACACGAAGCCUUCGCCAUAUUCAACCAUUCCGCCCUUCAGUACUUGCAGAUGCCGCGCCGAGUGACUCCGAUUCGUGGGUAGAAACGACCGCCUGGCGUCCAGAACCGGAUACCCCACUUGCUAGCCAGGUCAACGAGCUCAGGCUGCAAAUUGGAGAACGCACAGUGCGACCUGGUGACCACCUCCACGGUCGCGUCUUCUUCGAUACAGAGAAACCAGUAGACCUGUCGAAAUUAGUCCUCAAUCUCAACCAAACUUUCGUUCACACUGACAGCACGGGAAGACUUUCUGAGGUUGGUAACCGGAGGUUUUAUGCCUCAUUUCACGAAACCCCAGCAAAUAAGAACAAUAUACGUAGUCUGGAAAGCCAUGGCUGGGUCUGAUUUGCUUCGUCCGUCAAAUUUUACCGGGCUGGCAGUGCUAAUGACUUCGUGGCACCUGUACUUCUAAUGGGCUGCCGGAAUGUAACUUCGAAUUACCUGUGCCAGACUGUUCACCCCGAUGACGUCUAGCCAUGGGCAGGCAAAUCAGGCGACCUCUAGCGGACAUAAGUGACAUGAGUAUCUCUGAUUAAAGUCAGACAUACACGCUGUGUAAACAAUUUUUUCUCACUUUUGUCAUUUCGCUACUUUGACUGUUUCGUUACGCUUCGCCCGACGUGAAGUAUCACUGGAGUUAGCGCAGGCGUUACCGCGCAAACUAAAGUCUAGUCAAAAAAUUACUAACUUGAUCAAUGGCUGCUGGUAGUUUUUUUUACCCAAAGUCUGUAGUGCUCGAGGAAUCCAUUUUGCAGUUAUACGGAGUGCUCAUCAGAAAUGAAUCCUUAUAUGCGUUUCUGCAUUUGAUCGAACAUUGGAGCCAAUACCUUGGGAAUAUUGGGAAUGGUCCGCGCAUUGUACAUUUACUCAGUAAAUUUUAGCUGCGAUUCUGAAAAGCGUUUUAUAUUAGAAAGGAUUGCUUAGGUUCGGUUGUAGUUUUGAUUAUUGUGGGGUACAAUCUUAUGAUAUUCGAAAUUCACCAUGAUAUUGUCUUUUGAAUAAACCUCUUUGCGACCUCCUGUAAAAACAAAUCUUGGUAAAAAUGCCUACUUAAGUGGUGUGCAAUCUUCACGUCGAUUUUUGAUAAUCCUAAAAAUUCAGGCAUAUUUUAUAGAAAACAUGCGCAAAAAUGCACUUUUUGCUAUUCAUUUAGUAGCAUAUCACGCCGACCUCAAACUUCGCACUCGAAGAAAGCGUAUAUUUAGCCUUUGGAAAUUUUGCUAAUUCCAGAAUGCGGACUGCGUUGUAUAUUGCAUGAGAAGCAAUAAUACGAGCACGGGUGCGAUGCUUUAUGAAUGGAAAUUGCACGGUCUUAAAAAACAUAUAAUUAGAUGUAUUUCAAACCCGGAAGGCGUUCUUCCUUCGAGUGCAAACUGUAAAGUCGGCGUGAUGUGCUACCAAAUGGGCAGACGGAAUUGCAUUUUUGUGCAUUUUUUCUAUAUAUUUUAAUUUCUAGAACCAUCGAAAAUCGGUUUGAAAAACGACACACUACAAAAGUAGUAAUUUUUACCGAGGACAGCUUUUCCAAGAGGUCCCAAAGAAGCGUAUUUAAAAUUCAACAUCAGGAUAAGUCUCAAAUAUAAAUAUGGUCUUUGGAAAUUAGAGUAAUCUGUUAGUCAAGGAUAUAGGUGCAUCCCUCAUCUAUCUUCAUACAACGUGCCCUUUUUAAUGCAUCAAAACAAGUAUGCGGUGGAAAUACAGUAAAUGGGCUAACUCAUGAAAUAUCGACCGAGAUUCCGAAAUGCAUUUUCGUUUCGAAAAGAUUAAUUAAGCAGGGUUCUAAAACUAAUCAACCUGCAACAUAAUUCUAUCAUACUUCAUUUACCUCAGGAUGCCGGCUUUCAAAUGAACUUCCAUCCGGCUGCAUUCAAAAACUAAACUAAAAAAUGGCUACUUAUUUAUCAUGACUUUUCCUCGUUGAUUUUUGAUGUCCCUAAAUUUCCAAUUAUCUUUCAUGGAAAACAUGCAUAAAAAUAUUCAUUAUUUUGCUCAUUCGAUAGACACGUCUUCUUUCAAGUGUAUUCUCAAAGGAGGGGCAUAAUUCGGUUUUAAAAAGGUUUCUAAUUGUAGGACUUUUAAAUACCGUGAAGAGGCUGUUCAUAAAUCGCCAUGUCUUUUCAUAUACCGAUAAGGUUUUUAAAAUUAAAAAUAUGGACCAAAUCCAAAUUUUUAAUUUUAUGAACAUUAUGUGGUCUUCCUUUAUUAUCUUAGAGAGAUGUGUGGUUUUCCGUACGUGAAAAAUAUGCAACUUGUUGUUUCGAAACCCUGAAUGCAUGUGUAACGGCAGGUCCGGCUUAAAAUUAUUCGGGAAUGUGCCAAGUAGCAAUUUUAUACACAAUAAAGAUCUUGAAUGCCGCCGACAAGAAGUUGGUUCGAAGGCCGAUAUCCUGGGGUAACUGAAAUAGUAUGGCUUUACGCUGCACAGUGAUUAGUUCUACAACUCUACUUAAUUAGUCUUUUCGAAACGAAAACGUAUUUCAAAAUUUCGGUUGACAUAUCAUGAGUUAACCCACCUACUGUAUCUGAAGUCCACUUCUCCCCUCUUCGAAGGUCUUUAUUACCACCAUUCCUGUAUUGCAGGUGGUCUUGCGCCAUUUAUCAUGGCGCGUUCACAAUCCAUGUCCGAUCGUUUAAUUUAAUUAUUUAUGCAGCAUACAUAUGAAACGUUCUGGUUAGAAUAUAGAGCAUGUCCGAUCCGUUUUGCCGCAGGUUUCCAGUGUAUAGCUCUUUGAAAAAGAAAUAAUGCAAAAUGACUAGCUGGACGAUAAGUGAGAAAUGGUCAUCAACUGCAUUUCUUCUUCUGCACAUCGUCUUGUGCACAGAUAUCGGGCCUUAUACUUGAAUCCGAGAGUAAAAUGUCCGAACGUCUUUUAUCUGCAAGUAAAACCGGGGAAACAGCAGUUCCAGAAUGAUCAGCAUUUUCGAUAGGAGUCGGGUGAACAACGAGUCAGAAAAUUAAUCGCAAAGUUUGGUCAUAUAGCCGAUAAUUUGGAUCACGGAUAAUCAAUAUUUAGGGCUAAAGGACUACCAAUUAGCAGUGCUUAAGAUUAGAAAUUUUUUACUGAGGUUACCCUUGUUUUUAGGUACCCUUAUAGAAAGUCUAAUGUUAGUUGCGGUUCAGAUUUCAAAAAAAACAUUUCGGGGACCUUCUUCAUCGUCAAAUUCAAUGACAUUUUCAAUCUUCUCUGGAAAGUUGAAGAAAAGCUGCAGAAUUCCCUUUGAAAAUUUUCGGUUUCUUCAACAGGACCCGUAAACUGAAACUUUUAUGACACUUAAGACAUUGAGAAGAGAAAUUUUAGAUGUAGCAAAGUUCUUCUUAAGCACAAAGUGAUUGAUCAUCUCUUAUCGUCAGAGUUUGUCAUAUUACAGAUUUAACAGCUGCGGGGAGAUUUCAGUGGUUGCAGAUAACGAUUAGGAUAUUGAAUUUAUUUUCAAUUCUUGCCUUUCGAAAUGAUUACUGUCGAAAUACAAAUAGACUUUUGCUGAUUUCAGCUUACUGGCAUGGACUCGCAGGAACUGACUUUACUGGAAGAUCGAACGGGCCAAAGAAAGAGGGCUAAAGUGAUUGAUAGCCGUGAUUUUGAAGUCACCAGCAAUAAUGUGCUUAACAGGAGAAUACAACUACCACCUGGGAGGCAUGAAAUUCGCUUCAGCGUCCGGGUACCUGAGGAUGAACUCCACAGUUUUACCUACGUGUCACCCAAGGAUGGUUCAGAUAUCAUAAAUCAGUAUGUUUAAACCUCCCGCCUGCUCCCCCUCUAAUUACCAGACAAAGUAUUAACAGAGUCUUCCCCGGUAGUGCCGGUAUCACUUCUUACAUUUAUUACCGAUCGCCAUGCGACUGUCUGCAAAAUUUCUAAAUUUAAUGGGGUGAGUAUGUCUCCUAAACUUUAAGCGAACAUAGACGAUCAAUAAUGUGAUCCCACAUUAAGACCAAGUCGGGAAAGGCCAAACGAAAUGACCACACGAGAACGGACUUAACUGUCUACAUGGCCCAAAUAAAAACAAAGGUAAAAGGUGAAAAAAACAGUUAGUUAAGCCGAAACACACCAGUUGUAGGCUCCGCGUGAAUGUUACAUAAAGACCCACUUAAAGAAAAUGAGUAAAUGUUGGUUUAGGAAAUGCUUAACAAAUAGAAUAACUAUAAAGCGUAGUGUAUAAACAAAAAUAUUAAAAAAGGACUAUAUCAACUUCGUCGUUUAAGGCCCGCACUACCGUAAUGAGUGCUUCUGAUCGCAACCAGUAGGACAACCUGUUCGUGGGUCGGCGACGGUAGAGCGUACGUCCUGUAAACGCCCAGUGACCAAAUAAUCUGCAUUCGGUAUCCUGGGUCAUCCGGACCUGAGCUCAGGUAUAGUUGGUCGUUGAGGACUAGUAAGCCGAAAUGACUUUCCCAGUCCUCAUUUUCCUUGUCCGUACCUUCCCUAUUACCGCUGACUUAAGUGGUUCCUAUGGUAUCACAGUGGGUAGCCUGAAACUGUGUUGACCAGCCAGGUUUUUGUCAGUCCUGCCUCGGUCACCAGAGCCCGACCACUCAGGCGUUUAAAAUUGGCGCAAGCCGAUUCUAUGUGGACAGUGACAAGGUUCACCGAGUAAAUUAAACUACUGCAACGAAAUAUCAGUUCAGUACUCCUGUCAGUACGCAUAAAAGCACAUUUUUUGGUUCGGAGCGAACAGCGGUCAUAAGAAGACAUUGCUUAACAAACGCUGACAGGCUCAGGCAAAGUACUAGCAUCCACAGUUUUCAUGCACCCUAAUAUUUUCUUCGUAAAGGGUUUUUUAACCAACGUGUGCGUGAGGGACAAUGACUGUAGACGUAUGCGUGGGCUGAUGCCGCUGCUAAAUCGACUAUACAGUCGCUCAACGCAUCCGUCUACAUCCAUUGAAAAAGUCAGCUCGACCUGAAACUGAAUACCUGUUUAACGACUAUCGGCGACACAUGUUUACCGGCCAUCAGACUUUGUAAAAAGCAAGGGCAUUUUGCAUGCAUUUCAUGGCAGAAUUCACAGUUUACAAUUUCUGAUCAUCAUUUACUCUUCAGGCAAUCGAUAAUUGUAAGUCCUUUUGCCUUUCAGUUAUUCUUUAGCGGCAACAGCACAAAUGAAUGGGGUGACUGAAAGCACAGACAGACUGACUUUUCAGGUUCUCAGCGUCUGCAACUCCCAAGGAUCUAUCGGCCUUCUUGACAGCAACAACUUUGUUUGCGUAAUUUCGUUUUCCUUCUUCAAAUGUUUACGCUUUUUCCCGUCUGGUUAUUUUAAAAGUCAGCCGAUCACAGAGGACAACCACUAUGUCAUAUGAAUGGGUAUGCGAAAGAGUCCCAUGUUUAGUGAAAGCACCACAAAAUAACAAAUUUUGGAAAUCCAUGGAUGUUUUGACAGAUUUUGAAUAAUUCAUAUUGACCCAACUAUUGAAAUCAAGUUACCCGCCUACCCUACUACAACAGCAGACAGCUUACUAUAGCAGAUUUGGUGGAUUCCCGACGUUGCAGUAGGUUGGACAGGUAACUUGUCCUAGAUAGUUUGAUCAAUAUGAAUUAUUCAAAAUCUGCCAAAACAUCUAUGUAUUACGUGAGCCUAGUAGCCAUCUGGUGGAUUCGAGAUGAAUUACUCAGGAAAUCCUGUUUGGGCAGUCAGUUUACUCUAUCGGAUUUGGUGGAAAGUCCCUAAACCCACAGCGAGAGUGCUCUGAGGUGACUGCAUAAUCCUAGGGGGAUAAAUCGGAGUCAAGCCCUGUUUUAAGAGCAUGCUUGCAGAAGGGGACCUGUGCAAUGACCGAUGUCGGUCACUUUGGCUCCUUCAACCGGACACAGUACGAGUUUUUAGGGCUGCAGAGCCUCUUCAGGAGUUCAGACCUGACAGAAAUGCGUUUAGAUGCCAAACAGCAACAAAACAGAGAACGUCUGUUUCGUUCGCUGGCCGGUAAAUGCGGGCUGUUUUCUCACUACGCCUAAUUGGGAGAUGAAAAAUACAUUCCAAAAAUGUUUGUUCACGUUAGUUACUCGGCUGACCGUUGCGUUGGAUGCUAUACAGAUUAUCGAAAUACCACAGUCAAUAACUGUCCCCAUCUCCUCUCCUUCCCCUCUCCCAGAAUAAGGUCCUUCAUCCUGACAACCUCAGACGUCUGAUCGCUUUUGAACAGCCCAAUCUCCAACCGCCCGGAGCUCGGGAAAAUUCUGGCCAGAUACGAGUUGGUUAACUAGAGUGAAGCCAUAUAAGGAGAGCUGUGCUCAUGACUUCCCAGUCUUUGAAGAUGGGUAGACGAAGUAACUACUCGUAACGUCAGACAUAUAAUAAAUCCCUGCAGGCAAACGCCUGCUUUUGAUAUGCCACUUUGGAAUCGCACUUUCACUACUAGUACAAUGAGGGCUGUUUCGCAGACAGAUUAGCCGUUCAGGGAAAGGAUGCGUCCGCCUCGGAACUACUGUGAUGCGAGAAAAGUAUGAUGGAUUGGAGUCGCCCUAGUUAUUGACUUUAACAUCAUCAGGGGGCCGCGCUGGAAAGGACGCAAUAGGCGACCCAACUCUGCGCAUUAUUUAUUGCUGCCUACUAAUUUCUUUGAAAUUAGCUGCUCUUCCUCGCAAAGGAAAGUCGCGGUGGUCUCAUCACACUCCACGUUUACUAAACCAGGACUGAUUUGACAAAAACGACAUGACUUUAACCAUCAGCAACCCCCCGCUUGCCCCUCCCUCCCGCCGGAAUCGUUUCCUCGCCACACCUAUUUUUGAGGCUAACAUUUAUCUAACAAUGUUCGUUUGCGUUGUCUAGCCGACUGGCCGUUUGGUUGCAUGCUAUACAGGUCGUUGAAAUGCCUCAAACAAACCUCUCUCUAUCCAAUUCCCAUCCGCCAAACUGAGGUGCAGCCCUCUAGCAACCUAAAAAGUCUGUCGCCUUUUAACCAACCUCCUCUUAAGCCACCCAGUGAGCACAAAAGAUAUGCUCAGCUACGAGAUGUUUAGAUAAAGUAAUGCCCGUUUCCAUGCGGCUCCGUCCCCGUGCGGCUCCUAUCCUACAUGUGUGGUCAGAAUCUUAGAGGAAAACGACGCGUCGAGCACCGCGACUCGGAAGGCCGUCCACUGACGCCCCAAAUCAGUCCACGCAGUCUGCCAAGUUGUGUGUAGUGGCGGACUGGUGGGCUGAGAGUCUGGCUGUCACGGCACUUCUCAGGCGAUCUCUUACACUGUCAUGCAUGUGAGUCGAGUGCGUGUGCUUUUUGGGUAGGGCCUCUCAGUCGACGACUGUUUGGUUAUCUAACCUUGAAGGGUGACAGCCCAGGCUAAAUGCAGGGCCACGUGUCGCACUCGUAGGUCAAAAGGUCUGAAAGCGUGUGCUAUGUUGGUAUCAGAAAACCAUGAUCCGCGCAGCCUGGUAUGCGCUGGCAGUAUCCUGACACCUGGUUUUCUGUCGUUAGAUGCGUUUGAGCCCUCGGAGGAUAUCCAGGUGGUGGGCAUGGUUGCUCAGCCAUCAUCGUCGUCCUUCUGACCCCUCUCGGGGUGUUGUUGGUGGAAAAUCGUGGUCAAGUGCAUGUUGUGGACCAGGGGGUUUGGUGACGUACCUAGGCGCGGGUCCGGCCGUGCGAACCACCCUUGCCUCCUUCGCCUCCGGUCUUCUUGACACUGUCUUGUCAUCGGGUCCAGGUGAGGAGUGGGGAGGAGAUAGUGAGGUAUUUGCUGCCAACUUUACUAUCACUAUAAACUAAUUCACGCGAAAGUCACCGUGCCUGUUGUACCUUGGUGCGUAACACAUAGUGGACAUCGUCGAAAUUGACGGUAGAACUGCCAAGGCUCGUUUUGCAAACCGAAGAGAAAUUGACAAUGUAGGGGUAGGAUACAUCUUGUUCCGGGACUACUGUGAUGAGGAGAUUGUGAUGAGAGAUUGGAGUCGACUUUCUUAUCAAACUCAACAUCACCAGAUAGCUGUUCUUCCUGCUAGUAUCAUCGCAAGUCAUGUCAACUACGCCGGGACCAUUUUGGCAAUGAGGACAUGACUUCGGCCGUCGGCAGCACAGAGAAGAAAAUUCUGCUUUCUCCAGCUGCCGGAGCUAGGAUUGAUUUGCGACAACUGAUUCGCAAGCAAGGAAAAGGGCCUUCAAAGAGAAGCUGGCGACGCUGAAUCGAAAAAAUCCUUCGCAGCCACCAGGGUAGCCUGUGAUCCGCACAGAGGAAAUUCUUCAAUCAUCUCGCAGUAUAACUCUAUAAUAAUUUAGUUAACUCAGGAUGCCGGUUUUCGAACGAACUUCUUUCCGGCUGCAUGCAGAGACCACACUAAAAAAUGACUACUAGCUAGCUUGAAUUUUUCCCAUUGAUUUUCGAUACCCUUAGAUAUUCAAUUAUGUUUCAUGGAAAACAUGCAUAAAAAUAUUCCUUCUUUUACUCAUUUGGCAGUAAUAUAAGUCUUCUUCCUGUUUUUCACUCGAAAGUAGGGUAACAUUCGAUUUUCAAAAACUUUUACAGUUUCCGAAUAAUGCUGAGUCCCGACCUGCCGUUACACUUACAUUCGGGGUUAUCAAAUUACAAGCCGUUUAUUUUCAGCUUAUGGAAAACCACACAUUAUUCUACGGCAUUAGGAGGAAACCAUAUGAGGUUCCAAAAAUUUAGCCGUGAAUUUGAGCCAUUUUGUUAGCUUUACAAGCCACAUUGGUAAAUGCAGAGACAUGACGUUUUAAGAACGGCCAUUUCACGGUAUUACAAAUCUCGAUUAGAAACUUUUUGAAACUGAAUUAUCCCUUUUUUUGGGUGUAAAGUUGAAAAAAGAGGCGAAUUUCUGAAAAAAAUUAAAGAAUAAACAGUUUAGGCAUGUUUUCCAGGAAAUAUAAUUGAAUGCUUAGGGGGCAUUGGAAAUCAACGGCAAAAAUGCAUGUUACUUAAGUGGUCAUCCUUUAUGGAGUAUGAUUUUUGCAUGCAGCCGGAAAGAAGUUCUUUCGAAAGCCGGCCUCUUGUGGUAACUGAAUUAUUAAAGAAUUAUGCUGUAUGAUGAUCAUUGUCACAACCCUACUUAAUUAAUCUUUCCGAAACGAAAACGCAUUUCGCAAUUUUGGUUAACGCUCCCUGAGCUAGCCCACUUACUGUAUGUUUAGAGACUUGCGGAAAUGGUUUUUUAAAUCGCGAAUCGAAUUGUGGUUUUUCGCGCAAAAAACCGAAUUAUUAGAAUGAGUCGCCUUUUAAUACGGAACUUGCCUUAUCUGUAUGUCAGUAUACAGUACUUCUGUAAUACGUACCCUGAAGUUGCAGAUUUUGAAGCUGCACAAGAGCCCUGUGUUCUGUAAGACGUUGGAUUCUGUACACGGUUUACACUGCGUGACGUGGUAAGUAAGGAAAAUAUAAAGAGAAUCGUAAAGAUUCGAUGCGCGGACGUGUACUUAGGAUUACAUUAGCGGAUAGUAGCGUUUAAAUUGCACAAUUCUUAGGGUAGAAACCUUGAUACGCAGCUUUUGGCGCCUGUAUUGGUAUUUUGUUUGUGUCUAGCAGUUUAAAAGCUUACAGCCCCACCGCCACCAUUAAGGGAACCGCAAAAUUCAUAUUCAUCUUCUUUCCUCAGAUUUGCAUAAGGUGUCUGUGCAGAAUUUUAUCUAAAGGAAUAGUUGUAACAUUGGAUAUUUACUUCUAAAUCAAACAUCAAAAACACAUAAACUGUGACCGUUACUUGUGACUUUGCUUCCGACUAAGGAGAGAGUGUACGUGGCUGAUUUCAACUAAAGCUAAUGCUACCUUUCUGUCGAAUAUGCACAUUAUAAACAAGCAAGAAAAAAAUCUUCUCACGAGACUCUGUCAAGGGCUUUCUUCACUAACUGACAAAUGUUUCCUAUUGCCAGAUUCCAAAAAAAGUUCUUGAGCGUACAGACGGACUGUCUUUUGCGUUGGCUCAAACAACAGACGGAUACUACCCGCAGUAUGAGAGCAUCCAGGCUGUGGUCCUAAGACGGACGAAAUUUCCAUCGACCGCAAAGGAGGAGGAGGAGGUCCGAGUGACCCCAACGCUGACCCUUCUACCGCAGUCCUCACCUAAUUCAUCCUCGGUUAUCAAGGAGUACAAGAGGGCGACGCCCAGGGCGAAGAUACCCCCCAAGUUCACGCAGCUCUUCGAAUGUAAAAACUUAAAACUAACAUCUCAAACGCCUUCUGUGUGGUGCGAGGACUUCGUGUGUGAUUACUACCUACGGGUAAGAUGUUUAGACACUAAAACGUUAUGCAAAUUUUUUGGGAUGGGUGGCUAUAAAGGAGUCACCGAGAACAUUGUGAAGGGAGUGUUUUCAUGCAAAGAUCUGAUUAGUUAAUUAAAACGCUUUAAAAUGUAAAACUACAAGGGCAUUUUCGCUGCGUAAUGUGGUUAUUUCGGAUGGUAAUAUUUUAAACAUUUUAUACUUUUUCUUGCUGAGGCCAGUUAAAUUCCUGUGCUUAAUCGAUAGCAAUGUCUGAGCAUAAUAAAUUAUGAGACACCGUUUUUUAGUACACGCUGUCGAAUUUUUAAGCAAAUCGGCCGAGUAUGAAAAUCGAACUUUUGAAGUUCAAAUGUCUCACUGAUAAGGACACUACAGAAAUUUCCUGUGUCCCAUUCUGGUCGAAAUCUGUUUUGUGCAACUGAACUUCCGUUGUCAGCAGCCAUUUUCGUUUUGCAAUUACUAAGUAAAUACAAUAGCGUGCACCGUUGAACGGGCAUCAACAGGUCAAGUUACGAUAUACGUUCGUCCUAUUGAACAUUUGGGUUCCACUAGGGCCUUUGCAGACAGUCACACAGUGAAUAGUAAUUAUGCGGAAUGCAGUAGUAAUAACAACUAGGGGAGACUAGGAGGACAGUUUCUGACCUAAAAGACGUCCUCAGUCAGCCACACCUAUAUACAUGUGGACAGUACGAUCGUCGACUCAGACGAUGUCCGUCGCGUGCUACCCUGCAAGGUGGACCUGACACGGUCACUUGCGCGUGAAUUAAUUUAUAAUGCUAUUAAGUUUGCGCCGCAUCUACCGCACUCUCUCUUCCCCACUCCCCACCUGGUCCCGGUGUCAAGACACAGUCCAGACGACCGGAAAUAGGGAAGGUUUCAGGUGGCUGGCACGGCCGGACCCGCAUCUAGGUGUGCCACCACAUCCCCUGGUCCACGACAUACACCUGACCAGAAUUUUUCACUAACAACAACAAUACCCCAACAGGGGGUUAGAAGGACGAGGAUACUAGGCAGCCAUAUCCAACAUUUGUAUACACAGCGGGAGCGCAAGCGCACCUUCCAUCACGGAACCAGAUGUCAGAGAGCUGCCAGCGUAUAUUAGGCUGCGAGAGCCAUGGUUUGCCGAUACUGGCGUAGUACACGCUUUUAGAGCACUAUAAAUAUACGUAUUUUUUGCUCCUGCCGGUCUUGAGUUGUUCAGUCUUGCCGCUUGCCUCGUAUUACAGCCGUGCUCGACGCACGAACUUUGACCUGCCUGUUUGCCGUUGACUGGCUUAGACCUCCCCGGGGCUGACCGCUGACAGGCCUGCGGACCUUUGUUCCCUUUGGGGGCGGCGUAAUUGUAGUCAAAUCAACUUGCCGCUUGGCCUCUCCCACGUCAGUCGGUGGACUGAUCGGUCCUUGCUGUUCUUGUGAGCAGCAUUUGGCUUCUCGGGCGCAUCGGUGAGACAGUGUUCGGCAUUGGUCACAUGACCUCUGGCCCCCAACUCCGCUCUUUUCCGUGAGCGUUGACUCUCGGUCCCGCGUGCUAGCUUGCCUUACUGGUCCUGUCCGGACUGAUCCGAGACUUGCACGCAGCGCCUGGUAGGCGGGAUGUAGAUCUAUAGCUCGGUUGAGUGUGCUAGUCGAGGACCAAAUUUCGAGCAUCAGUCUGGCCAUCUUCUCAUUGGCUCGAACAAUUACCCUCGCCUUCUCAAAGGCAAAAUCAUGGUUCAGUUCUUGUAUGUGGCCAUAGACCAAAGACAGCUUGUCCUUGCGGCUGAUUGCAAGUUGGUGUUCGUGCGAUCUUGUACCGAGGCGUUUGCCCGUUUCACCAACAUACCUCGCAUUGCAAUUUAGGCAUGGUAUGCUGUAGACCACCGCCGACUGUUCUGUUGUUGGUAGCGGGUCUUUAGGCUUCAUGAUUUGCUGUCUGAUGGUGCAUUCUGGUUUAUGAGCCACGUCAAUCCCAAAAGGUUUCAGGAUUCUCGUCGUCACCCUUGAUAUGGCGACGGGACAACUAGCCCGUGGCUCAUUGGUAGAGCGUUCGGCUGAAUGACCAAAGAUCCCGGGCUCAAAUCCCAGGUGGUUCACACUUGGAAUUGGAUAUGACUGGCUGGCGACAGUUAAUAAGCCAGAAAUGGCCACAACCGGUCUCCCUUGUCUUUGUCGUUAUCACCUCAUCCACAUAUAUAAGGCAUGCUAGAACUUUUUGACUAGCUUGACGCAGUUCUGAUAAAUACACGAAGGUUUGGAUUGCUAAAAAGUGCGCCAUUGUAAAUCCUUGCUACGUCUACUGGAUGUUCAUUUACUAUAACAAAUUUCUUGACUGAAAGAUGCAUAACAGUUAAAACGUAAAUGAUGGUGAGUCAAGAUACGCAAGGAAUCAACCAAAUGACUGAAUAAUGGUCAGCGGCGUGCACCGUCCCAACGUAUUUGUCUAUAGUAGAUUGAGUCUAGGUCGAAAAGGAAUUUAGUUUGCUCCAAAAGUGUUCCCUGAGAUCCGCGCUAUUACCAUAAUACAUUAUAUAGUAAAUGCAACGGUUUCAUCGGUGCUUUUACGAACCAACAGCUGCGUACAUAUAUUUCCACGGUUUAUCUGCUAUUUUGUCGGCUGUCCAAGAAGAAUACUCAUACACUUAUUAAUUAUGUGAUUAUUUACUGUACCUACUACCCACGUGGUCAGUGCGGUAAAUAAUUACACAUCUCUAAAUUUGUCGAAUGAUGUGUGGUCGACAAGAUAAAGAUUCCCAAUCGAAAGUCAGUGAAGACGGUUUGAAUUGGACAACCUUUACUGCCUGAGGACGUGCGUACACAAGGGCUCCGUAGGCAGUCGCCGCGAGCGCGCUCCAAGCAAGCUGUUGUCUGUGUCCGCCUUCGAGGUGUUGUGUCCGCGCGUAUGUGCACUUUCGUUGUCUCCACGUCGCCAGCCAAUCAGAGUGGGGACAGCGCUGAUUGGCUUUUAGCACUCGCGCGUCCCAGCAGCGUAUCGGCACGGAGUGUGGGGCGGACAGGACGGCAGCGUGACAAAGGCGGAGGGCGAGGAGACGCGAACUGCCACUAAAUGCCCGCUACCUUUUGGCGGUCUGUGAGUAUUACCCGGUUAUUCCGCAGUAGUUGAUGGAUUUCAUAUAAAAUUUCGGGCGGUGCCUGAAAAGAUCUGUUCCUCGGAAAUUAAACGAGGCACUUACUUAAUGUUGGUUGUGUGAUAAACUUCCCUCUAAUGCAGACCUCUGUAUAGACAGAUUUUAUUCCCUUUUUACGGUUACUACCACCAAAAGCAUACCGCAACCCAUCAUGCAGUCGUUUCGUCUGAAGAAUGAGUGAGAAGUACGGUUUGCUGCGUCUUAUAUGCUUGAACUCCACUGUGAUUCCCAUAUCAAGCGGCGAUGGUGAACAGAAACUGUGAAUAAAUUGAUCUGCAAGAUUUUUCCUCAGUAUGUAAGCCACUAUGGUCGAUGUUUAUUUCACCAACGCUAACUCGCGAAUCUAUCUUCUGCCCUAGUUCAGAAUGUAAACAGCAUAUUUGUUUAAGCUCUGUAUGACAACGCAUAAGUGGCUAAUUUUUCCUCCUCAUAUUUUAAAAAGCCCCAUUUCCGGUAGACGGCAAAUUUGACUUUCAUCUUCAUUCAGAUCGACGCGGAUGGAACGGCCUACGAGGCACCCUUUGCAAUCGUUGAUGACAACGAAUCAGAACCAAGUACUUACUACCUCAAUCCAGAAACUGUGAAUGCCACGAGGUUCAAGAUCGUCAGUCAACAAUUCUAG